CACACAUGUUCCACCAUCACAUGUUUUGGACGACACUUGCAAAAACAUAUAACACCCAGACACACAGCCACUGAUUUCUGUGACCAGCGUUGAUAUUGAGUCGUGCACAAGGAUCUAUCAGACAACGUCAGCACCCACUUCAACUACAAUUAUGGAGCGAAUCUUUGAGGGACACGCGCCCUGAAAUGUUUCUGAGAUUCGAUGGUCUGAGAUAGCAAAAACCAUCACCUUUCUUCUGUCUCUCGAGGUCGAAUAUUACCCCAAUCUUGGGCACCUGUCGUUCAUCAAAUCAUGAACGAACGCUUUCCCUCAUCACGACAACAGGAACGGAGUAAUAUCGUGCACGAUGCCAAUGAGACCACAAACGAGGCCAAAGAUGUGCCGGUACCUGAGCAUGGCCUACACCGACUCAAGCAUUUCACCUGGGCGUGGUUCACAUGGCCUAUGGCAACAGGCGGGCUGGCCUUACUCCUGUCACCAACAAAUCAACCACACUCCUUUCCUGGACUUCAGACUAUCGGCAAGGUCGUGUACAUCAUUGACCUAUGCAUCUUCACGCUCAUUGUCUGCGCAAUCACCUACCGCUUCACUAGGUGGCCAGGCACCCUGAAAGCCAGUCUCGUCCAUCCUACCGAGUCACUCUUCUUCGCCACCUUCUUUCUGUCUCUGGCAAGCAUAAUUACCUGCAUUGCGCACUACGGCAUCCCAACCUCUGGAUACUGGCUGAUCGUUGUCUAUCGGAUCCUUUUCUGGAUAUACUUUGGCGCCUCUUUCCUAGUGGCCGUCUUCGCGUACAUGAUACUUUUCACCAACCCACGGCUGAAGAUCCAGGAUAUGACACCAGCAUGGGAUUUGCCUAUGUUCCCUUUCAUGCUCUGCGGCACUAUCGCCUCGGCGGGGAUCGAGUAUCAGCCCCGCGAAUACGCUAUGCCCAUGCUCUUCGGCGGUCUGACCGCCCAGGGUCUCGGUAUGCUGAUUUCCAUGGGAAUGUACGCCAGCUAUGUCCGAAGAAUGAUCAUGUAUGGCUUGCCGUCGUAUGCAUCUCGACCGAGUAUGUUCAUAGCAGUGGGACCUCCGAGUUUUACAGCCCUAUCCAUCAUAGGUCUGUCCGAGCACUGGCCUACAGGGUAUAAUGAUUUCGGCCCGGACGCAAUCACGGUGCAGGUGGUCCAAAUUCUCGCCAUUAUGGCCGCAGUCUUUAUAUGGUGUUUGUCGUUCUGGUUCUUGUGCAUCGGCGUCAUCAGUUGUCUGGCUGUGCACACAAAGAUCAAGUUCCAUCUGAAUUGGUGGGCGUUUGUGUUUCCCAAUGUCGGAUUCACGUUGGCUGUUAUCAAUAUUGGCAGGGCUCUCCAUAGCCAGGGCGUACAGUGGGUGGGCUCGAUCAUGAGUAUUUGUCUUGUGGCGCUGUACUUCUUUGUUCUGUUCCACCAUGCUCGGGCGGUUUGGAGGAAGAAAAUACUCUUUGAGGGCAGGGACGAGGAUAAUUACCAUCCAGAGAAGGCGGGCAAGGCUGAGGCGAGAGGCGAGGAUCCAGAGAACGAUGCUUUAGCACAUAGAAGCUGAUGACGGCCUUCAUU